CUCAUUCUCGUCGGCCGCGCUCGUCCUGUUGUGCGCUGAUCCAUGAUCCUAACUCAUCAACGGUAGGUGCUCGUUUUUCGCGCCUUUAUUCGCGCUCAAGGCUCCUUCUCGUGCAACAAUAUGUCGCCAUUCGUUCGCGAUUCUCCUUGAAAGUGCGCCUCCCUCGUCGAAAAUACUGUUUCUGUGCGCUGCGCUGCGAAAAUGCGGCUGUUGAAACUUGUGUGUUUGUGUUUUUUAGCCCAUGUGUUCGCAAAGGAGCCCCCGCUGAAAGGCGAAACCACGCGUGUCGGCAAACCGGGCAAAAAAAGAGCAGAGUGUCAGUUCGGGAAAGAAUUUCGGGAGAUCGGUUCUUCGUGGUAUCUGGAUCUGGGCCCUCCUUUCGGGGUCAUGUACUGCAUGAAGUGUGAGUGCUUGCCG